AUGUUUAACUCCAUCAAACACCACAGAGGUAGAAACACAGUAUUCAGAUUCUUCUCAAGAUCACUUCCUGGUAUGGCAUACAUCAAACAAGACAGUUGUAAACUAUGUUCAGCAAAUGACUUUGACCCACACACACAUUAUUUCUUUAAUUGUCGAGUCAUCCUAAACAAAUUCAACCUCAAACACAUCACACAACAUCUACAAAUUGCCAACUAUGAAGACGAAUGGUCACUGGAAAAAUCUACUACUCACUUCUACCUCUGCGAUGAAUCAUCAGACCUAACAGCGAUCAUCUACCACAACAUUUGGAAACAUGUCAGUUCAAUUCUAUUCAGUCAAGAUGACAAAAUACUCGAUUUCUCCAACCAAUCUAUUAUAUCCGACUUCGAUAUCCACAGAAACAUUCUAAAAUUAAUACACAACACUCCAACACCAGCAGAUAUUGAACAUAUAAAGUGUAUAACUUAG